CAUAACAUGUCUGCUUCUGCAUCUGUGGCAGUCAUUUUGUGCCCCACAGGGACUGUGGGAAGCCCCCUCCACCUGCUUUAUUUCACAUUAUUGGACCUGCUGCAUUUGCAGAACCAAGACCACCCACUUUCACUUACCUCCACUGCAUUCAUCAGCCCUAUGCAUUCAAGGAGGAAAAAGGAGGUUGGAAGGUAGAGAAGCAGACGGCAGAAAGAGGAAGCAGCAUUUAACAACCAGCAGCUCGGAACAGUGCUCAUCUAUUUUGCUUAAUGAUGCACUUAGAUGAACAUAACCCUCUUGGACUGUCUGUGACGGGAAGAUGACAGGAGGCUUUUUGAGUGUCCCCAUCAUGAGGCCUAACAUUUGCUGGAACUACUUGCAUGUGUCCAUCUUGGUAGUGCUGCUUCUCACCGCGAAUACCGACAGUGAAGGCUCAGACUGUUCCCCUGAUAUCAGAGUACGUCGCCACACAGCUUACGAGAUCCUUGUGGGACGAGACCUCGUCAUCAACUGCACAGUUGUUUUCUGCAGCAGUCCACCACCUGCAGUAUCCUGGUUGAAAAUGCAUGUCCCCGUCGAUGUCAGCAAUCAGAGUCACAUUAAAACAGAGUGGAAACUCUUUAAAGAAUUAGAAGGCGUGUCGUAUUUGAUAUUCCAAAAAAUACGCAGUAAUGACUCAGGUCUGUAUCAGUGUCGAAGUGCGAGCGAUAUGGGUCACGCUAUCAACGUCUCAGUCCGUGGUGGUGGUGGUGGGGAACUUAGCAAUGUUACAUGGAAGAAUAACACAAACAGCACAGACUUCCGUGGAACUUCACCAGAAAUAUGGAUGUACGUGUACUCUGCAGCUGGGAUCGGCGCAUUUGUUUUCCUGGUGAUCGUUGUAUCCGUCAUAUUAAUGCGAGGCUGCAAAGGGAAAACACGGAAAGAGGCACAAAGUGAAAAUCAGUACGUGGCAGUCCCCAUGGUCGAGGAACUAUCCCCAAGACAGAGUCCCUCUGACCAGUCCAAUGUGUCAACGCCACAGAGACACAACAAGUGCGCUUAUGGAGAGGUCAAACAGAACAGAGAGAGGCCGAGGCCGGCGGCGGAGGACGGGGGUUCUGUUGUGUAUGCUGCGCUAAACCAUCAUCUGCCACCGGGGGCAGCUCCUCGGCCACAGAGGAAUCAAGAGGAGAGUUCAGUAUACGCAGCAAUUCGCGUGCCUUAGAGACAACCAACAAUCACCAGAUUGAAUGUUUUCGGCUCUUAUAAAAACCUCACACUAGAGGAGCACGGAAAUUUCAUAUUUUACAUUUUUUGUUAAAUCUGCUCUUUCAUCUCAACAUGCGAAUACUACAGCACAGGCCGUUUCACCUGGUGUAUCCAAGAAUUGGGACUAAUACACUUCCAGCACACUUGCACAGACGAUUAUAGCUCUGCUCAAGUGUGGCAGAGUAUAAUGUAUUUUCGUGGUGUCACGGUUUGCCAUUUUGAAUGUUUCCAAAAAUGUACAGGAAUUAAAGGUCCGGCGUGUAAGAAUUAGUGGUGAGACGGACAGAUUGUAAUGCAAUGGACAACUGCUCUGCUCAGUCCUCUCUUACCCAAGUGUGUCAGAGAUAUACUGUAUAUACGGUGUCCCUUGCAUACUAGAAAGCACAGCUCUCACACUCUUGCUGGUUUGUCCAUUCAGGCUGCUGUAGAAAAAUGGUGGCACAAGAUGCCUGCCUCCGUAAAGCAAGGCCGAUGUCUAAAGUACACAUGGAAGGCUUAUUCUAUGGCUACAAAAUGUAAAGUGUUGUUUUUAUUCUUAUGCAAUUGUAUACUUGCUUAUCAGUAGUCUUCUAAAUGUUAUAAAACUGACCUUUAAAGACACAUAGCGAAACUUUAAGUUCCGAUUUUCUUUUAAUCGUCCAACCCGUGGACAAAUUAGCAAUUGCAAUAUGAAAAUGUUUUACCCAGAGUUGAAAGAAAACAAUAGCUUUACAACCGGGAGAAGACACCAAAUCAGGCACAGAGGGUAUACACAGGUGUGAAAAUAGGUGUGUGUAUUUUUUGUAUUUUUUAAAAAAAAAUUAUGGCAAUAAUUUAAUCUUGUGAGAAUUAUUCCAGCUUUCUAAAGCUAAAGCACACAAAAGGCCAAACGCAACACUCAGUCCAGUCAAACUGAAUUAAUUCAACCACUUUUCGGACCCAUUUGUAACUAAUGUGGCUUUAAAUUAAGAGUUUCAGAAACAAGUGUUUAAAAAGCCUUUUGUUUACAUCGUAUCCAGAGGUCCUGUUCACAUUAAAAGGAGUUUUUGUAUAUGUGGACGACACGUGUAUCCAAAGUAGAAUAUAUGCAUGUUUUUUUUUCAAUGAAACCUAAUUGUAUGGAUGUAGCCUUGGCCCAGUGCUACUCACAUACCUGUGCGUGUACAUGUAAAACAGCUAAUAUACCGUACUAUACAUGUCAGACCACAUGAAUGAAUCAUCAGCUUUAUUUGUUUGUUUGAUUUUUACAAUUACUGGUUGUGUGUAUUAAACUUUGAAAAAAGAGAAUGUAAAAAUAAUUAUCUAAAGUGGGUGUGCAGUCAGAUAAUAUCACAUGACCAUGAUUGCUUGAUUUAAAGUGAGAUCAUGCAUGACAUAACUUUGCUGUACUUUGUUUUCUCUAAAACAUUUUAAUGUGCCAUGGAAACAAAACCUGGAUUUGAAAAUCAGAUUUUCACAUUUGCAGAAGCUGUAAUAAAGGUGUGUGUGCUCCA